AUGGAUUCAGAUACUUAUCAGCAAGUUGUUGUGCCUGCGAGAGCGCAUUUAUCGGAUGAGACUUUACCAUACUAUACCGAUCCCCUUCCGCCGCCUUACACGCCCUCCCGGGCCUCCUUCGUACAAUGGAAAACCGUACCCUACGAUCCGGAUGUCAAAUACAAACCACGUUCCGAGAGGAAGGAUAGAAGAAAUGCAUUUAUCUGUGUAGCCAUCGCAUUCACGCUUCUCGUCGUUCUUCCGGCCGCGAUAUUCGGGAUUGUGGUAGCGCAGGUUAAUCGGUCGGAGGGGUAUGUGCAGAGACAGGCGUGUAUGGGGAAGCAUGGUGGGGUGGCGGAGUCGGUUGUUGAUGGGGAGGGGAGGUGUGGAUGA